GGAGUGGAGUGGUGGUUCCUCUAGAAAACCGGCUCUGCAACAGCCUACGCGCCCCAAGAUGCGGGAGAUUCGCGGCAGUUUCCCACGGUACAGCCUCAGAGAUACACCCUGCUAACCACCGUGUGCGAUCGUGCGUUCCCAUGUGAUGCUGGCCGGCAGUGUGUAGGAGUGGCGAACUCGGUUUUGGUUCCCCCACCCCACCGUUCCCAAAAACCAUCUCCUUCAAUCCGGCAGUUCGGCGAUUUAUUGUGCUUUUCCGGUGCUUCGCCCUCGGGAUACGGCGAAUCAAAUCAGUUACCAACACUUUCCCUGCCACCGACGGGGGACGGAGCGGAAAAUUGCGUCCACGUUUGCGGCCACGGAUUGGGGAACGCCUUGCUCCAACAACGACACCAGCUGUUAGCACUUUCUUUCGACGACCACCGAUCGUUCCUUAAACCGUUUGAGAGGAGACCACACCUUGGCGAUCGAGAUCGCCGACCAUCAUCGCUGUGAAGAGUUGUGCCUUGCCUGAACAAUAUUGUGGUGGUGUAGCUUGGGAGAAUAGCCGUGCCUACAAAGGGACCAGGGUGAUAGGCAAUGAUCGGAGCGGACCAAGCCGCAGUCGAAGUCGUCGUCAGCACCAUCGCAGUACAGCUAGACGCGCGCGUGUCGAAAGAUUUCUCUCAAGAGACACGAGACGAUCGUCAUCAUCACACCGCGUGGUGCUCGCUAGAUCGCGGGAGAGAUCGUGGUUUGUGGUUGAGACUUUCCCGAGUCCCAAGAGCCGUCGCAGGCGCCAGCACACGCACCAAACGACAACCAAACUCGUUUCUGCUCUCGAUCUGUAACGAACUCGAGACCCACUGUACAGGUGGUCCGUCGAUCGUCGCCGCCGUUCCAAAAGAGGAAACAAAAUGGAAACAAAUUUGAUUCGCGUGCUCGAGGGUCAGUAUCUGGACGAGUUGACGAGUGAGUUGUGUGAUUUUUCGCUGGAAGAACAGAAUGCGGCCACCGAAGCGCAGGGAGUGAAGCCACUGGCAUCGUCCGAUUAUGUGCCGAUCGUGGGCAAAACGGUGACCUAUGUCGUUGCGUGCGUGAUUGUCAACGAUGCCAACGAGGUGCUGAUGAUGCAGGAAGCGAAAGAAUCGUGUGCCGGCAAAUGGUACCUGCCCGCUGGUCGGAUGGAACCGGGCGAAACGAUCGUUGAGGCUGGGGUACGUGAGGUGCUCGAGGAGACCGGAUUGAAGGUGGAAAUUAGUACAUUGCUGGCGGUUGAGACAGCCGGUGGAUCGUGGUUCCGGUUCGUGCUUACUGGCAACGUGGUUGGCGGAACAUUGAAAACACCCUCGCAGGCGGACCAGGAAUCGAUACAGGCCAAGUGGUGCGCACAUCUUAACGAGCUGUCUCUACGGGCAAAUGAUAUUCUGCCGAUCGUCGAGCUAGCACGCAGCUACCGGACGCGGGUACCGAAGGAUCCCAACUGGCAUCGCGAUAUACUGCCGGCGCGUAAGGCUCACUACAAGAACUAUCUCCGGGUUGUGGUGGCCAUCAAGAACAAGACGACCAACCAGGUUUACGUACUGCUAAGCGAAAAGACGGCUUAUCACUUCCCGACCGUCGAAAUACACCCGGGACGUAGUCUACACUCGACGUUGAAAAAGUUCAUGAUCGAACUAUUCGGAGCAGAUCUGCCACAGCAUCGGCCACAUGGUGUGCUGAGUGUCGAGCAUCAUACCAGUGGCACCCAGGCCAAUCCAACCGAUGGAAUGUGCCUUACCGUGCUCGUCAUCUGCCGGCCCUCGAUCGAAGCGGUAUCACUGAUCGGUAAAUGUAUCUGGCACGAGUUGAACAAGGAUCUGAGUGCCCGUUUGGCGAUGGCCGUGGCCGGCAAAAAUGCUACCUUUCAGCUGCACGUAGUGCGAUAGGUUACGUUAAUGUUUUGUAUAUUUCCUCUUUUUUCUUUUAACGAAACGAGUGUAGUCCCGAAACCUUUGGUAUUAGUUUUUGUAUUCGUCGGGGUACACGAGAAAGGGAACGUAAAGUAUUUGUUACAUUAUGAUUUACGUACAUAAACCAACCAAACGAGAUAUGUAGACAUAAGAAUUGCGAAACGGAUACGCAGCGGACGGGGUGUGUUCUGUUCAGUAAAUGAUUUUAUACUAAGCGUUAAAUCGGUGUUUGUCUUUAUUAACCCAGACUUCCAGGUGCAUUUUAUUUGCGUUUUUCUGUGCGAAAGGGGUUUCUUCUGAUUAAAUUACUCUUUCCUACGAUUACUUAUGUGUGUUGAAGUAAUUAUGACUUCAUUUUCCUUUUUGGUGAAAAAGUUUGUAGUUCAUGUUAACGACGAGUGCACGUGGGCCUGGA